UGUUUAGAAUUUGCCGCAGAAAAGCCUUGACCUCUAGGACAGACAGACGCUCGCUGGGUACCAAUCCGGUGAGUCGAGCCAGGCACCGCCCCUCUGCGAAGCCAAUAGCUCGGGACGGAAGCAGUAGAGGCGGGGCCAGCCCUGCAGGCACCGUUGUGAUUGGCACGCCGGCUCCCGCAGCCUGAGAGGUUGCCCCGAAGACUAGCCGGAGAACCCGGGGCGAGUGCGGAUCUACAAAGUUUGUCAGCUCCGGGGCGCCGUAGUGGCUUUUACCCCAGCGGGGUGGGCUGGGCUGUGUGGCUGGAGCUCGGCUCAGUUUUGGACAUCCUGAUGGCCGCGGUGUUUCUAGUAACGCUGUAUGAGUAUUCGCCGCUUUUCUACAUUGCGGUGGUCUUUACCUGCUUCAUCGUGACCACUGGCCUGGUAUUGGGAUGGUUUGGCUGGGAUGUUCCAGUAAUCCUGAGAAAUUCAGAAGAGACCCAGUUCAACACAAGAGUUUUCAAAAAGCAAAUGAGACAAGUCAAGAAUCCUUUUGGCUUAGAGAUCACUAAUCCAUCUUCAGCUUCAAUUACAACUGGCAUAACUUUGACAACAGAUUGCCUUGAAGAUAGCCUCCUUACAUGCUAUUGGGGGUGCAGUGUUCAAAAAUUCUAUGAAGCUCUACAGAAGCACUUUUAUUGCUUCCGAAUAAGCACUCCCCAAGCACUGGAAGAUGCUCUGUAUAGUGAAUAUCUUUAUCAAGAACAGUAUUUUAUUAAAAAGGACAGCAAAGAAGAAAUAUAUUGCCAGUUACCAAGAGAUACUAAAAUUGAAGACUUUGGUUCUGUGCCCAGAUCUCGCUAUCCAUUGGUAGCACUGUUGACCCUAGCUGAUGAGGAUGACCGAGAAAUUUAUGAUAUUAUUUCCAUGGUGUCAGUAAUUCAUAUUCCUGAUAAGACUUAUAAACUUUCCUGUAGAAUAUUAUAUCAAUAUUUACUCCUGGCUCAAGGUCAAUUUCAUGAUCUUAAGCAACUUUUCAUGUCUGCAAAUAGUAACUCCACUCCCUCCAGCAAUUCCUCUCCAGGAGAAAAAAGCACAGACCGAAGUUUGCUAGAAAAGGCUGGACUGUCUGAAAGUGAAGUGGAGCCCCCUGAGGAGAAUAGCAAGGACUGUGUUGUUUGCCAGAACGGGACUGUGAACUGGGUGCUUCUGCCGUGUAGACACACGUGCUUGUGUGAUGGCUGCGUUAGGUAUUUUCAGCAGUGCCCUAUGUGCAGGCAAUUUGUGCAGGAAUCUUUUGCACUUUGCAGUCAGAAGGAGCAAGAGAAAGACAAACUGAAAGCUCUUUGAGAGUAUUGUUAAAACUGAAAAAUACACCUUCCACUGAAGAUGUCGAAUUUGUGUUCUUGGAAUUAAUUGUCACGUGGAAUCUACAGUAUUGACCAUCAAUGAAAAUUCUAUUUUAACUUCACAUUUGUAUGAUGAAAUUAAUUCCUUCUUGUUCACUAUGGUAAAUACUGGAAUACCAUCUGUGUUGAUAACAUAAAAAUUCAUUCAACUCUUGAGAAGAAUGUAAAUGUUUGGCCUUUUAUCAGCUAGAAGGUUUCAUAUAAUGUUGAUUAGGAAAAAUCUUAAAAGCAAUUCAUCUAAAAUUUGAGGAGGUAAAUGCCUCAAGAUUUCUGGAUGUUCUGCCUUUGACAUAAUCUGGAGUGGAAUUUGGGAAAAAUUGAAUUCUUCCUAAAGUAAUUGUAUGUUCCCCAUUUUAUAAAGGAGUAGGACAGGGCUCCCCACUUUAAAACUUUUCCAAAAAUAACAGUUUUUAUAAAUAUCCAUGUAAUGGUUUUUAAUUUUCCUUAUAGUCACAUAAACACAAGUCUUAAUUUUAAUAUAGGUUCUUAAAUCAUAAAUGCAAGAUACAAUUCUUGACUAUUCUCAGUAUAUCAUAGAUUAAAAUGAUACUCAUCUGUAGGAGGCAGAUAUAUGAAACAUAUAAUAAAAUUUCUUGGCUAAUUAAAUGUAUUGUCAAAUAUGAUUAGGUUAGCAGAAUGUGACCUAUCAGGGAAGAUCUGUGAGACUCGUAAUGCCUUACCUUACAUUUCCUCCCGCAUAGCAAAUCCAUUCAAAACUGGAGAGGUUUUGGAUCCAGAAAAACUGCUAAGAGAAACAAAUAACUAUUUUUUUCUAGUGUAUUUUUAUUCCACAUAAACCCGUAUCUUUCAGAACAGUCACAUGAUAGGCAAAAAGUCCCAUCCCCCAUGCUUUCCAAGAUGACAAAGAAAAAGGUAAAUCAGAACUUUCUGUGUCUUCAGGGGAAAUUAUCUUCGGUUCACUAAGAAAUUAGAUCAUGGCAAAUAAACUGAACUUCAGGGAGAUUUUCAAGACUUUUUUGUCCUGUUUGUAUUAGAAUAAUGCCUUAUCUUUGUAUCAGUGUUUUUACAUAAUGUCAUUUCAUUUUAAUCAAAUACAACACUCUGAAAAAGA